AUGUGGAAACGACUGCAGGGGCAUAUGCGCGACGGACAGUUUCGCGACAAAGACAGACAGAUUGGGAAUCCUGUACUGGUUGAAACAACCUACGACGAGGAUCAGCUUAGGCACAUCCCUAACGUCUCCCAAGCGCAAAAUGCCAGUAACCAAUUUUAUGCACCACCCGCACAACCCUACGCGGAUCUUCCUCCCCCGCAAUUCGGUCACCAGUACAGAACGUCACAAGUACCCACGAUUUCUUCUAUUUACUCGCAACCUUCUCCAGGCUUGAGACACGACCAGCGCACCCCUGCAGGCGAGGCCCGUUUCGACGUAUCCCCGCCCAGCUCACCAGAACCCGACGAGUACCAGCAACAGAAUCCCAGUCAACCUCGAAGGUUCCGAUCCAUGCGUGACGUUUCUCCCGUCGAUGAAAACCGAGGAAAAGGAGGACCUUCGCCACGGGGCGGCAGCAAUAUUCCUGUCAUGCGCAAAGCGCCCCCCGGCCUUCAAAACCAGGAGACCACGAGUACGCAAAAGUUCUGGGGAGGUAAAGUCGCGCCAAAUAGCAAAGUGCUCUGGGAUGAGUAUUCGGGCGAACCAACAUCCGGAAAUGCUGGCAAGGCGGCGCGAGUCACUCCGGGUUCCUAUCAGAAGGGUGCAUCCCCACCUUCCGCACGGCUUCGCGAGACCGGAUACGAUGUCAAAGUAACUGGGAAUUCGCGUAGAAACCAAUCCCUCGCAGAACGAGCCAAUCGUUACGGGACAAAGCCUGCACCGGUUGACACAAGGCGCCAUGAGCCAUGGAGUCGGGCAACUGGGCGCACAGAAAUUGUAAAACCAUUCAAAGACCAACCAUCCGACAAGCCUUUGAAUGUGCGGAAAGCGGGAACAGCCAUCCGCGCGGAAGAGUUUGAUAAGGAUGCAUCAAACUCGCUUACGACGAACGCAGCACGCGUUCCUGAGAGAGCUGACACCGCGCCUGUCGCAGACAACCCAGCCGCAGACGACCUGCAUGAAGAACCCAUGAAGCCCAUAGUUCCACUCAAAAUCGCCAGAACCUCGCUCUCCCGGGACGUCGUGUCACCCACCUCUCCGCAUAAUCCAGGGUCUGCCAAUCCUUACACUUACAGCCCCGUCACACCGACAAACAAACAAGUCUCGACAGGGCCGACGAACGAGGAGGCCCAGGUGAGAACGGGACAAGCACGACCUGACCCGACGACUCCAACAAGGGGCCCACAGCAAGCGACGGAAGUCACACCGGGAUCAACAGGUGGUAAAAGCAAAGGACCUGACAGUCGCUUCUCAUGGACAACAUACAACAGUAGCACAACGUAUCAGCAUUCGCCUCCACCCUCACCGCCGCCUCCAAUACCGACGUCCCGCGUUCCUAGUGAACCGGCAUCUGCUGCAUCGGCCAUCCUCAAUCGCAAGCGACCUUCCGCCGUUGCUCGAAAGCCUGUCGGAUCCUUCGCCUCUAUAGCUUCUACUGCUACUGUGGACUCCGCUAACGUGGAGUCGGCACGCAACACGAUGAUUUCCAACGGACCACCAUCCCCCCGGGCGGAAUCCACCUUCUCCACUAGCACGCACAAAGCCCUCCCCCGGCCACCCACGGAGCUCGCAGCCGCUGAUCACAUUGAGAUCUUAGAGUCGCAGAUGGAAGACCUCAAGGUCCGGCGGAACAAUGUCUACCGUCUUCUCAACGACCUGAACAACAUGGCGCCGCCGAACCCAAUGGUGACGGACUUCAAGCGGAUGCGCCUCGUGGAGCAGCGGAAGAAGGACUUCGCGGACGAGCUGGCGGAAAUCAAGCGAGAGGAGCAUGAUGUGGGGCUGAAGCUCCAUCGAGCAUGGCGAAAGAGGGAGAUGGCGGAUCCGGGGAGCGAGAGCGCACUGUGGAUCAGAAGAGUUACAUCGUAG